AUGGGUAUCAUAUCGUGGAAUUACCGGGGGCUUGGCAACCAGAGGGAAAUUCGGGUGUUGGCGGACUUGGUUCGCACUAAGAGGCCGAGUGUGAUUUUUCUUAUUAAGACUUUUGUAGAUAAGCAUCGAAUUGAGGAUAUCCGGGUGCAGUUUGGUUAUGAUUGUGCUUUCACGGUUGAUGCAGUGGGACAUAGUGGUGGCUUGGCUUUGUUAUGGAAUAAUACUGUGGAGUUGAAUGUGGUAAGUUACUCCUUAAACUAUGUGGAUACGGAAGUGAGAUUGGAUGUGGGCAGUCCAUGUUGGCGGUUCACGGGCUAUUACGGGUACUCGGAGAGGCAUCGUAGAAGGGAGUCAUGGCAGUUAUUGCGUACCCUAUCAGUGCGGUCUACAUUACCAUGGCUAGAUAUGGGGGACUAUAACGACUUAUUAGACCAGUCUGAGAAGAUGGGACGGGCACCUCAUCCGGGGUGGCUCAUUAAUGGGUUUAGGGAGGCGGUCGCGGAUUGUGGUUUGCAGGAUGUUCCGUUUGGUGGCCACCAAUUCACUUGGGUGAAGUCACGUGGGACUAGCCGGAUGAUAGAGGAAAAGUUGGACCGAAUUCUAGCAAGUGAGAGUUGGCUGGACCUGUUUGAGGAGGUACGGGCGCAGUCUCUGCCCACUUUGUACAGUGAUCAUUUUCCUCUUGUCUUAACGCCCGUAGCUUUACCGCGGGUGCGGAAAAGGGCUAGAUUUUGUUUUAACAACAUGUGGUUGAGAGAAGAGGCCUGCAGGGAAAUAGUCAUACACAGUUGGAACCGGACAGUAGGCCUGGAUACUUUGGAUAGAGUGGAGCACAUAUACUGGAGACAGCGGGCCAAAGAACAUUGGUACCAAGGUGGUGACACGAAUAGUAAGUUCUUUCACAACUCGGUGAAAGCGAGGAGGAGAAGGAAUAGUAUCAAGAGGCUCCGGGAUGAGAAUGGAGACUGGGUUCGGGAAGAAACAGGUUUGGAUAAUGUAAUGCUCAAUUAUUUUAAUAACUUGUUUGCGCCUGAUUAUGGGGAUAUGGAGGAGGUGGUGGAAGCAAUUGAUGAAAGGGUUACUGAGCGUGAUAACGCAUGGCUGUUGUGGCCGUUGAGUAUGGAAGAGGUGCGUGUGGCGGUUUUUCAGAUGCAUCCGGAUAAAUCCCCAGGACCUGACGAUUUCGGACCAGGGUUCUUUCAGUACUUCUGGGACAUUGUAGGGGGGAAGUUACAGGCAAAUGAUACCCUGAUUGUUUUGAUCCCGAAGAAGACUAAUCCGGAGACUAUGAUGAACCUGCGACCGAUUGCGUUGUGCAAUGUUGUGUACAAGAUUGCGGCAAAGGUAUGUGCUAAUCGUUUGAAGUCUCUCCUGCAGAAUUUGAUAUCACAUGCACAAAGUGCUUUUAUUCCGGGCCGGUUGAUAACAGACAAUAUCAUGUUAGCCUCUGAGGUACAUCACCACUUGAAGCGAAAGACCCAGGGUUGUAAGGGGCUAGUGGCUUUGAAGCUUGACAUGUCGAAAGCCUAUGACCGGGUAGAGUGGAAGUUUUUGGAGGCGGUGAUGCUUAAGAUGGGGUUCAGUGACCGGUGGGUUGAGAUUAUGUUGGAAACUGUCACUUCGGUACACUAUCAUAUUCUGCAUGAUCAGCGACAGGUAGGGCCAAUUAUACCAGGUAGGGGUCUCCCGCAAGGGGACCCGCUGUCUCCCUACUUGUUCUUGUUUGUUGUCGAGGGGUUGAGUGCCAUGAUCGAAAGGAAGAUGUCUGCAGGGCUCUUGCAUGGUGUCACUGUUGCGAGAGGGGCACCUACCAUUUCUCAUUUGCUGUUUGCCGAUGAUUGCUUUCUGUUUCAUCGGGCAGACGUGGAGGAGAGUGUGCAAAUGAGAUACGUGUUGGAUACUUAUGCCAAGGCUUCUGGACAGCAUAUCAAUUAUGAAAAGUCAGCAGCUUGUUUCAGUGCGAAUGUGCCGCAGAAUGUGCGUAAUGAAGUUGUGGAUAUCCUGGGUGUGGAGGAAGGGGAUACUACUGGGAGGUACCUGGGCUUGCCAUCGCUGGUUGGCAAACGGAAGAGGGCUAUUCUAGGCUUUCUGAAGGAACGGAUUUUGGCACGAAUUCGUUCUUGGAAUUCUAAGUAUCUGUCUAGGGCCGGACGGGAAGUGCUACUGAAGAAUGUGAUACAGGCGAUGCCGGCUUAUGCAAUGAUGGUUUACUUGUUACCUCUUGGGCUUUGUCGUGACAUUCAGAACAUCAUGAACCAGUAUUGGUGGACAGGCUGUGUGGGGGAUGGCCGUGGGAUUAGAUGGCGCACCUCGGAGGGCUUGUGUAAACCGAAGGCUGUGAGUGGGAUGGGUUUUCGUCGUUUUCAUGAGAUGAAUAAAGCUCUUCUCGGAAAGCAGGCCUGGAGGCUAAUCACUAGGCCGACGAGUCUGGUGGCUCGGGUGUUUAAGGCACGGUACUACCCUCAUUGUGAUUAUUUCGGGGCUUCGGAAGGGAAUAACUUGUCUUAUAUUUGGAGGGGUAUGUAUGAGGUGAAAAGUAUCCUGAUGGCCGGGUGCAGGAAGGCGGUAGGGGAUGGGAAGGACAUUGUUAUUGGCUCGGAUCCGUGGUUGCCAGUGGAUCAGAAUCCGUAUGUCGAAACUGACUUGCAUCAGUCAGUGUUUGAAGCACCGGUGUCCUCUCUCAUGAAUGUGCAAGCAUAUGCAAGCCUCGUGAUCAGUGGGUAUGACAUUGGGAUCAGAAGGGCACUUAUACGGUUAAAUCUUGUUAUAAACAGCUUACAAUGGUACCUGCGGAUGCCCGUCCGUGGUCGAGUAUAUGGGGGCUCCACAUCCCUCCUAAGGGAAGUUGAGAAGACUGGCCUUCAUUUGUUUGCUUUUUGCACUAAAGUAGCCAACCUGUGGAAUAAUUUGGGAAUGCCCCACAUCAGUGCCUUUAUAGGUAAUCGUGUGAAUGAUUGGUUUUUCUGGGUUUUGAAUUCAUUAAAUGCUGAUCAGUUGCCUGUCUUUAUGAUGGUAGUAUGGGGUAUCUGGUGCAGUAGAAAUUACAGUGUGUGGAAGGGGGUGGAUGCUGACCUUAGCUCAGUGGUACAAAGGGCUAUGCUGUUUCUGGAUAAUUGGAGGAGCGCAAAUGAGCCGGUUAUACAACAACCUGCUCAAACACGUGUGGACACAUGGUCCAAGCCACCUUUAGGCAGAUUGAAGUUAAAUACGGAUGCCUCCCUGAUGGAGGGUAGUAGAUUGAUGAGCUUUGGUUGGGUUUUGCGGGAUGACUUUGGAAAUUUUCUCGCUGCGAAGAACAUGUUAGUGCCCGGGGUAUAUAUGGUCAAAGAAGCUGAAAUUUUGAGUAUCCGGGAGGCUCUGAGCUGGUUGAAGAAUACAGGUAUGAGUGCUGUGGAUGUUGAAACGGACUGCCAAGUUGUUUAUAAUGCAAUUCGAUCACCUUCUUUUAAUUCUGCUUUCGGGUUCUUAGUUGAUGAUGUUAGGAAUUUAGCAUUGGAUAUUGAUGAUGUUAAAUUCUGUUAUGCUAGGCGAUCUGCGAAUUGUGCCGCCCAUUCUGUUGCUAGGGAGACCUUUUCCGAGUCAGGUUGCGGGGAGUGGUUUGAUACUCCCCCAUCUUUUCUUGUAAACAUUCUUGCUCGUGAUUCAAUGAAUUAA